GAAAACAAUAAUUUUAUGAUAUAAGUUGAUCAUUUAUACAGCUUCAAUUUUAAUAUUCUUAAGAAAUGAUUUACAAAACUUAUUUUAUUGUUUUAAUUCUUGUAUUUGAUUUUUAUUUUGGUGAUGUUUUUGGAAACAUAAUUUUAAUUGGCCAAGAACCAGAAAUUCAUAUUAUAAAUAUGCCAAAUAAAACGAGAUUUAAUUAUGACGCUAAAAUGAUUCCUAAGCCUGGUUGUUUCACAUCUUCAGUAAAAACAGUUCUACAGUGUGGACGUAUAACGAUCGAUUUUUUAAAUGAUAAAAACAUUUUUGCAGAAAUAUUUUUGAAUUAUAAUGAACGAGUUGUUGAAAAUCCAAAAAUCAAGAGAAAUCUUAAAAUCACGUUUGGAGAACAAAACAUUAUUUUAAAACACAAAAGAAAACAAGGAAACUUCACAUAUGACGAGUGCGGUAUACAAAACUUAAUGGCAUACAUUACAAAUAUAGACGAACAUAUUCAAUUCGAAGUAGUUAAAAUUUAUGAGAGUAAUCUUCCUAAUAAUAGAACUUUAGCUCAUUCUACCGUUUAUGAUAAUCGUUUAAAAAUGCAACUACAUAAGAUAGAAGAACUGUCUAUAUGGCCAUAUGUCAAAGAGGAGAUUGUUAACGUGGAUAUUUCUACUCAACCCAAUAUCACACUUGAAGAUUUCAUCAAUAAUUCAACUAAGUAUAAAAAAAAUGUUGUAUUUACUCUUGAAAAAGCACUAAGAAUCAUGAAUGAUCGAAUUUUUAAGUAUGCGUUUUUACUACUCGUAUAUGCUCAUAUAAUAGUAAACUAUGUUGAGACUGAAAAUGUAAAUUUGGAAUUAAUAAAAAAAGUUUCUGAAAUAUUGAGUAAAGCACAAAUUUUUUUGAUAAAUUCCAAUAACAUAGAAUAUAGCUUACAGUCUGACUUUAAAAUAUUACAUAAUUGUUUUGUAUUAAGUCCUAAGAAAUUAAUCUAUGAUUUCAUGUUGAAAUAUUCAAAAUUAUUCUUAACGUCCGAAGAAACGAGUGAUUUUACAAAAACACAAAAAUUACCACAAGUAUUUGAGGGAUUUCCUAAACCUCACGAAAACAACAUCAUCUCAUACAAUUUUGAGACUAUACCAAGAGAAUAUGACGAAAUAAAGAUUAAAUUUGACCAAAUUAUUAAGUUAAUAACCACAGAAUGCAUAAACAUUUUUGAUAUAACGUAUAACCCUGAAGAGAACCAGUAAACUCGUUGACCUUAAAUUAUGCAGGAAAAAUUAUUAUAUUUAUGACUAUUUUUCAAUGUAUUUUUAUAUUACAUUCACUCAAAAAAAUAAAUCAAUAUCUCUCUCCUAUUAAAGAGAGUUACUAACUAUUAUUAUUAUAGACUAGUAACUUUUAAUAAUUAAUUAUACGUUUAAUCUAUAAUUCAUAAUACCAAUUUUCUAUAAAUAAAAUAAUAAUCAUUUAGAUAUGAACUAAUUUAAACCUUUGAUAGUUGUGUAGUGUAUGUAUUGUGGAUAUUUUUUCAUAAUUAAUUCUCGUAAUAAAUUCUUCUAA